CUGCCCGAGGGCAGCAUGGACGAGUACCUGAGCAGCCUCGGGCUCUACCGCAAGCUCACGCCCAAGGACGCCUCCUGCCUCUUUCGGGCCAUCUCGGAGCAGUUGUUUUGCAGCCAGGUUCACCAUCUGGAAAUCCGGAAGGCUUGCGUCGCCUUCAUGCGGGAAAACCAGCACAGCUUCGAGUCCUACGUGGAGGGGUCUUUUGAAAAGUACCUGGAGAGGUUGGGAGAUCCCAAGGAAAGUGCCGGCCAGCUGGAAUUAAGAGCCCUGUCGCUCAUCUAUAAUCGAGACUUCAUUCUCUAUCGUCACCCUGGGAAGCCUCCGACUUAUGUCACAGACAAUGGCUAUGAAGACAAGAUCAUGCUCUGCUGUUCCAGUAAUGGGCAUUAUGAUUCCGUGUACACCAAGCAAUUUCAGGCUGAUGCCGCUGUUUGUCAGGCCGUGCUCUAUGAGAUUCUCUACAAGGAUGUGUUUGUUGUGGACGGAGAAGAGUUGAAAACUGCCCUUGAGAUGUUUCGUGGCAAUGCCAGGAAGAACAGAAACAGCAUCUCCACAGGCAGUGACGACAGGAUGGAUGAUUGGGGCCUGAGCACCACCGGUGGUCAUGAGCACCUCCCUGAUAGGUACAGGCAUGGAACAGAGGAAGGAAAGUUUUCAGAUAAUCAGUCCAAGAUGCCCUUCCCCUACAAAGUACUGAAAGCUCUGGACCCAGAGAUCUACCGCAAUGUGGAGUUUGACAUUUGGCUGGACAGCAGGAAAGAACUUCAGAAGUCAGACUACAUGGUGUUUGCUGGGAGACAGUACUUUCUGGGAGAUAAAUGCCAGGUUCGAUUGGAGCCAGGUGGGAGAUAUUACAAUGCUCACAUUCAGGAAGUCGGCAGUGACGGCACCUCGGCCACAGUCUUCAUCGAGGAGCUUGCGGAGAAGCAUGUUGUCCCGCUGGCUAACUUAAAACCAGUGACUCAAGUGACACCUGUCCCUGCCUGGAAUGUGCUUCCAAGUCGGAAAGGAGGAGGAGGAGGAGGGGGUGGUGGAGGAACGUACCCCAAGAUUACCGGUGGCUAUGUCCCAGAAAUAGACCUAGAUGUGAAGGCGCGGAAGAGGAUGUUGAAGAAGGUUCGUGGGAAGGAGGUUUUCAUGACCGUGGCUUACAGCAGGGGGGAGCCCAUGCUCCCUCCCCGGCUCCAGCACAAUCUCCAUCCUGGCCGCACCUCUCCCGUCCAGUGCCCCCCCCAAAACACUGGUGCCAUGAUGACUUAUGAGCAGUUCCGUCCCCAGCAGCCACCACCUCCAAGACAUGGACGGGGCUUUGGCAUUGCUAGGGGAGGAACACCUCGAUUUAUGAAUAGAAACAAUGUGGUCACUCCUGAAGUUCCUUUCUAUCCUGGGCCAGGGAAGAGAUGCUAUCAGAGCUAUGACAACUUCUCCUAUCGGUCCCGUUCUUACAGCCGAAGCCGCAGGCAGAUGCACUGUGUGAAUAAGGAAUGCCAGUAUGGCUUCCCCCCCGAGCCUGGAGCGACCCCCCGGGGCCUGGAGGAAACCAUCACCUACUAUGAGAUUGAAGAAGGCGAUGAGACAGCUUAUCCAGCUAUUGCAGCUCGGAAUACCCCGUCACCAAUGGUCCCUCCAGCUGCUGCUGCCAGAUUCUGGGUCUCAAGGCAGGGGCCCAACGCUAUGGCUUCAGGCAAACCAGCUGUGACAUCAUCUGAAGAAGAAGUUGAUGAGCCCAGUGACAGUGGGGAAUAUCACGAUGACUACAUUUAUCACACAGAGCCAGACUAUGAAACUCCAUCUAUUUAUAGCACUACUGAAUCCACUGCUAACCUGUCUCUCCAGGAUGCAAGACCGUGUUCUGUGCCUCCUCAAGAUAGUACUGCCUACAACUACCCUCAAAAGAUGCUGAUGAGCCCAGCUUCCUGUAGCAGUUCUGUGCCGCCACCCGUCUUGCCAAGCUGCCCACCAAAUCCCCAGGCUGCCACUGCCGCCGCUGCCUCCGCCUCAGUGCCCUCACAGGGCCCUAUACAGCCUCUCCUCGUGGCUCCGACUCCAUUGAACCGUCCAGUGAUCCCAUCAGCAACGUUCUCUUACUACCCUGCUCCUGUUGCUGCAACUGGUCCACCUAGUGAGAUGGGGGAAGCUGGAGGCAUCCCGAUGCCACCGCCUUACUCGUGUGAUCCAAAUGGCAGUGACCUACCUCGAGAUACCAAGGUGUUGCAGUAUUAUUUUAACCUGGGGCUGCAGUGCUACCACCAGAAUUACUGGCACUCCAUGGUCUACAUGCCCCAUCUGCAACAGCAGCCGCAGCAGCCGCAGCAGCCACCACCGCCACUGCCGCCGCCACCACCGCCACCUCCACCACCACCACCACCGCCCUCCGGGCCUUCUCAGCACAUGGCUCCUCUUGAGGGUUACCCUGUUUAUCCUGACCAUGUGCCGGUGGCAGACCAUGCAGUGCCCCAAGUAUACGGUGAAAUGGGGAGGGCUGAUAACCGGCAGGGUCCCUCUGAAGCAGCAACUGGCAAUGAGUAUGUGAGAGGCCGAGCAGUGGCAGGUGUCUAUACAAACUCUGAGCAGCCACAACCACCCACCGGGCCUAUCUACUAUCCAGUUCUGCCGGAUCCCUACAGCCAGCAUCCCCUGCAAGGAUAUGACCCUGGUGUUUCCAUGGUCCCUGCUUAUCACUAUGUUAACCCAUGGCAUCAGAUGGGUACAUACGGCACCUCUCCCCGGAUGCAUGGUGCUCUGAAUCCUGGCUCAGUGCCUCAGAUGAGCUAUGUUCCCUCAGCAAAUCCUGCUGCAGCUCACUAUUCCCCUCCCAACAUGUAAGGUUGAGUAGAGCACUCCCACCGCCAUUUUGCUUGCAUUGCCAUGAUGUGUGGGAAACAUUUGGAUGAGGAUUGGUGUUGCGUUUCUUGCUUUCCUAUGGUUUCCCUUUGGAUUCCGAUCUCUUAGAGUGUUGCCCAUGCUGAACCCCUAUCACCAUGUGUUCAGCUGUGUGUUCCUAGGCUGCCUUGACGCCCUUUGGUAUCAGCUGACUUGCCUUGGGUCACAUCAGCUAUUGCUCUGGUCUCCUGUAGACCUUGGGUCUCGUUUAGCCCAGUUGAAUUGGACAAAAUCUCAGUCUGAGCUCUCAUCAAAAGACUCCUCAAGUUGCCUUACUUGACACUGGGGCUGGCGGCAUGACCCCACGACCCAUGGCCCACAUGAGCCUUAGCUUGGCCUCAGACGCCACUUUCCCCAAAGGGCCAGUCGUUAAUUCUUGCAGCCUUCAAAUGUUGCUUAUUGUUUAGACUGAAUUGUGUUGGUUUGUGCUACUAGUUUGGGGAAGGCACACACUGUUCCUCUUCUCAAGUGCCUUAAGAGUCUCUCUCCCAGAGAGAGA